AUGGCAGAAUACUUAGCCUCGAUUUUCGGUACCGAAAAAGAUAAGGUUAACUGCUCAUUUUACUUCAAAAUCGGUGCCUGCCGCCAUGGGGACCGUUGCUCUCGAAUCCACAACAAGCCGACGUUCUCGCAGACCUGCCUGUUGCAGAACCUGUACGUGAAUCCUCAAAAUUCUGCCAAAUCUGCGGACGGCAGCCACCUGGUAGCGAAUGUAUCGGAUGAGGAGAUGCAGGAGCACUACGACAAUUUUUUCGAGGAUGUGUUUGUCGAGUGUGAGGACAAAUACGGUGAAAUUGAAGAGAUGAACGUAUGUGACAACCUUGGCGACCACCUGGUAGGCAAUGUCUACAUCAAAUUUCGCCGGGAGGAAGACGCCGAACGUGCUGCCAAGGACCUGAACAAUCGUUGGUUCGGUGGAAGACCGGUGUACUCAGAGCUGUCGCCCGUUACGGACUUCCGCGAGGCGUGCUGCCGGCAGUAUGAGAUGGGCGAAUGCACGCGCUCGGGUUUCUGCAACUUCAUGCACCUUAAGCCCAUUUCGCGCGAACUUCGCCGCUACUUGUACUCGCGACGUCGCGGGCGCUCUCGUUCCCGUUCCAGAUCACCCCGUCGUGGCGGAGGAGGAGGCGGAGGCGGUGGUGGUGGUGGAGGAGGUGGUGGUGGUGGUGGCGGAGGUCGUGAUCGAUCCCGUGAUCGUCGCCGUUCUCGCAGUCGAGAUAGGAAAAACGAUCGUAACGAUAAUGGUCGCAAGGGACGAUACUGAAACCAGACCGGCUAGCAGGGAACAACUGCAAGCCUCUUGAAUUUUUUUCCACCCUUAUAUUUUACUGACUAUGAGAGAUAACAACGCUGAGUAAUAAUUACGGAAUAUGUUC